AUGAAAUCAUUCGUUUCUCUCCUCGCGUUUGCGCUCGUCGCCACGACGCAAGUCUCAGCUCAUUACACAUUCACCAAGCUCAUCGCCAAUGGCGCUGUCACGAAUCCGUUCCAAUACGUCCGACAGAACAACAACAGCAAUUCUCCAAUCACCAACGUCAUGAGCAAUGACAUGAGGUAUUUUUACUUCCCACCUCUCUCGCAUAGUACUCACGUGUGGGUAGAUGCAAUUCCGGUGCCAGCAGUGGGGCGGGAACAAGCACCGCAACGGUUGCCGCUGGGUCUACCGUCGGUUUCGCUCGACCAGGCCAUCUUCCAUGCUGGCUCCCUCAACGUAUACUUGUCCAAGGUUUCCAACGCCGCCACUGCCGACGGUUCCGCCCCUUGGUUCAAGAUUUACCAAAUUGGCCCUGUCACCAACGGUGGAAGCUCAAUCAGUUGGCCCACUGAUAAUGCUACGCAGUUCACCUUCAAACUCCCAAGCACCAUCCAGUCUGGCCAGUACUUGAUGAGAAUCGAGCACAUUGCUCUUCACAGCGCAUCGUCUAGCGGCGGUGCUCAGUUCUACAUUUCAUGCGCCCAGCUCAAUAUCACCGGAGGCGGAAGUGCUAGCCCCUCUGGCGUCUCUAUCCCCGGUGUCUACUCGGCCAGCGAUCCAGGCAGGCAUUUUGAUCAAUAUUUACUUCCCAGUCGUACCAGCAGCCUGGCCCGGCUCCCUUUGUUGAUGGAAGCAAUGGAAAUGGCAAUGGAAAUAGCUCUACCGCACAGUCCAGUAGCGCACAGCCAACUAGCACCAGCACGAGGCAAAGCAGCAGCAGCAGCAGCAGCGUUGUUACUAGCACGAGUCGCAGCUCGAGCUCCAGUAACGGUGGAAACUGCUCCGAUCUCUACGGACAGUGUGGUGGCCAAGGCUGGUCAGGACCAACGUGCUGCAAGACCGGAACUGUGA